GUGAGCAGAGACCGCGUUCUCACGCUGCAGAUGCGCAGAUGGCCCAUUGCAAUGAAUCACAGUCACAGAGCACCACAUUUCUGCAUAUUUGAUCCCCAUGAAAACGGUGCUGAUAAUUCAUUAUUAUACACUCUCUUUCACACCAAAGUCCUCUUCUCUCUUUCCAUUUCUCUCAAGGUUUCAACUUUGUCCUGUCUAAGUUCCAAAUCCUGUGUCUUGUUGCAAGCUCCUAGUAGGUAAGUACCAACAGUUACUCUAAACUUGGUCAUUCUUUUACCAGUUUCUCUUCUCGGUGCCUUGCUUUUUGUCUUGCUCCAUAGUUUCCUUUACACCAUGAAUACCUUCCACCCUGUUUUGAACCAUUUCUUGCUGUUUUUAUGUUUCUCUAUGUCGGUUUGUACUGUCCGUGGUUUGAGCUCUGAUGGGGUGACUUUAUUGUCAAUUCUGCGGCACUGGACGUACGUGCCUCCUCUUAUAAACUCAAGCUGGAAUGCCUCUGAUUUCACUCCAUGCUCAUGGGUAGGAGUGGACUGUGACAACGCCCUUAAUGUGGUCUCCCUAAACCUAUCUAGUCAAGGAAUUUCGGGUAAGUUGGGACCUGAAAUUGGGCACCUUAGCCAAUUGCAGACCAUUUAUUUGACUGGUAACAGUUUCUUUGGUGUCAUACCUCAAGAGUUAGGCAACUGUAGUCUUCUUGAGGAAUUAGACCUAUCCGUAAACGACUUUUCAGGAGAAAUACCUGAUAACUUGAAGAACUUGCAAAAUUUGCGAUCUUUGAGCCUUUAUUCCAAUAUGUUGAGGGGUCACAUACCUGAAUCCCUGUUUAAGAUUCCUCAUUUGGAAAAUGUGUAUGUAAACAAUAACAAUUUGACUGGAUCAAUCCCUACAAGUGUUGGGAACAUGAGUGAGGCUUUGUCUCUGUACUUCUAUGGAAACCAGUUAUCAGGGACGAUUCCUUCAUCCCUUGGAAAUUGUAGCAAACUGAACGAACUUUAUUUGAAUCAGAAUAACCUGGUGGGUGUUUUGCCGGAGAGACUGAACGAUCUUCGAAACCUUGCUUAUUUAGAUGUUAGCCGUAAUAGUCUUGAGGGUAGAAUUCCUUUGGGUUCGGGCAAUUGCAAAAGUUUAUGUUUUUUGGAUUUGUCAUUCAAUGGUUUUAGUGGAGGUAUUGCUCCAGGCUUGGGCAAUUGUAGUGACUUAACAGACUUUGCAGCUGUUGGUAGCAACUUAGUGGGCACUAUCCCGUCUUCCUUUGGUCUGCUAGAUAAGCUUUCAUAUCUUGAUCUUUCUGAAAACCAUUUGUUUGGGAAAAUACCUCCUGAACUUGGUAAGUGUAAGUCCUUGAAAACCCUACACUUGUAUACAAACCAACUCGAUGGGAAUAUUCCCAGUGAAUUGGGGAUGCUGAGUGAAUUGGAGGAUCUCGAAUUGUUUAACAACCUUUUAACAGGUCAGAUUCCCAUUAGCAUUUGGAAGAUUCCUAGUCUCAAGCAUCUUCUUGUCUAUAAUAACAGCCUUUCUGGGGAACUACCUCUUGAGAUGACUGAGCUCAAGCAACUGAAAAACAUUUCAUUAUUUAACAACCAGUUCUUUGGAGCCAUACCUGAAAGUUUGGGAAUCAAUAGCAGCUUAUUACAGUUGGACUUUACCAACAAUAAGUUCAGUGGUAAAAUCCCAUCGAAUCUUUGCUUUGGAAGGCAAUUAAAUGUGCUGAAUAUGGCUCAGAAUCAACUUCAAGGUAGCAUACCUUCUGAUAUUGGAGGCUGUUCAACUCUGAGAAGAUUAAUCCUUAAACAAAAUAACCUCACAGGAGUUCUUCCAGAAUUUGGCAAAAAUACAGACCUUUUGUUCAUGGACAUCAGCGAAAAUAACAUUGGCGGAGCUAUUCCAUCAAGCUUAGGAAACUGCACCAAUCUCACUUCUAUUAAUCUGUCGAGAAACAUGUUUUCAGGGGUUAUACCCUCAGAGCUAGGAAACCUUUUGAAUCUUCAGACUUUGAAUUUUGCUCACAACAACCUGGUAGGUCCUUUGCCAUCCAAGUUAUCAACUUGCACCAAAUUAGAGAGCUUUGAUGUGGGUUUCAAUUUAUUGAAUGGUUCAAUACCCUUGAGGUUGAGGAGCUGGACAGGUUUAGCCACGUUGAUUUUGAGGGAAAAUCUUUUCUCUGGGGGUAUCCCAUCUUUCUUUUCAGAGUUGGGAAAAAUCUCAGAGCUACAACUGGGUGGAAAUUUGUUUGGAGGAGAGAUUCCUCCAACCAUUGGAGCGAUGUCGAAUCUAUUCUAUGCAUUAAAUCUCAGUAGUAAUGGGUUGACAGGUCACAUUCCUUUAGAGCUUCGAAAAUUGAACAUGCUACUAAGGCUGGAUAUAUCAAAUAACAAUUUGACAGGAAAUUUAAUGGCACUAGAUGAAAUGCAGUCAUUAGUUCAGGUGAAUAUUUCAUACAAUCACUUUACAGGUCCUGUACCACAAGCAUUGAUGAAGUUUCUGGACUCAUCUCCAUCGUCAUUCAUUGGAAAUCAUGAGCUAUGUGUCAAUUGUCUUGCAUCGGGUGGCUUAGUUUGCAGCAGAAACAGAGAUUUUGUGCCUUGUGACAGUAAAUCAAGCAAUAAAAAGUACAACAGCAAAUUGGAAAUUGCAAUGAUAGCCCUUGGAUCCUCAAUAGUUCUUGUCUUGCUGCUCCUUGGACUGGUUCUUAUGUUCCUUUCAUGCAUAAGACCAAAGCUGGAAGUUGAGACCUUCACUCAAGACAGAUCAUCUUCCCUUCUCAUCAAACUCAUGGAGGCUACAGAAAAUUUAAAUGACCGCUAUAUCAUUGGGAGAGGAGCCCAUGGAACUGUUUAUAAGGCCUCACUGGAUCCAGACAAAGUUUUUGCUGUAAAGAAGUUUGCAUUUGCAGGGAAUAGAAGAGGAAGCCUAAGCAUGACUAGAGAAAUUCAAACGGUAGGGAAGAUCAGGCACCGAAAUCUGAUUAGACUGGAAGAGUUUUGGUUAAGAAAAGAUUAUGGUUUAAUCUUGUACGAUUACAUGCAAAAUGGGAGCCUUCAUGAUGUUUUACAUGAACUCAACCCACCACCAACUCUAGAGUGGGGUGUCCGCUAUAAGAUAGCAAUUGGAACAGCACAUGGAUUGGCGUAUCUCCAUUACGACUGUGAUCCUCCGAUAGUGCACCGAGACAUCAAACCACAGAACAUACUUUUAGACUCAGAGAUGGAGCCUCAUAUCACUGAUUUUGGUAUUGCCAAGCUUCUGGAUCAGUCCUCUGCUUCGGUCCCAUCUGGCUCACUUGCGGGUACAAUUGGAUACAUUGCGCCAGAAAACGCAUUUACAACAACGCCUCGAAAGGAGUCUGACGUCUAUAGCUAUGGAGUCGUUUUGCUCGAGUUGAUAACCAGAAAGAAGGCAAUGGAUGCGUCAGCUAUGGAGGAAGCGGAUAUUGUGGGUUGGGUCAGGUCAGUAUGGAGCAAGACUGGAGAAAUCGAAAGGAUUGUUGAUUCGAGCCUUGUGGGGGAAUUCUUAGAUUCAGAUAUCAUGGAACAAGCCAUUAAUACUCUUCUGGUGGCCUUGAGAUGCACCGAAAAGGAGCCAAGCAAGAGACCCACAAUGAGAGAUGUUGUCAAACAGUUGUUUUAUGCGGAAACCGCUAUGAGAAGUAACAAAAUCCAAGCUUUUUAACUUUCUGACCUAAUCAUCUUGCUCUAGGUUUAGCCCCCCUUGCAACUUGUACUAAGAUUAAUCCAAGUCGUGACUCAUCAUUAUUAUAA